AUGAAAAACGCUGUUGCAGAAAGUACUGAAGAAUGCAACACGGGAACGUACUUCCUCGUGCCGGUCAAGUCCGACUUUCCAGAAGCGGAUCGAAAGUUGCUGUUCUCACUGGAUCCUGGCAUAAUGCCAAUGAAUAAAGACGUUCCAAGUAAGUCAUACGUAAGACUGCAGCACGAGGCCACUAACACAUGGGUACAUGCGACAAGUGCAAGCGAGAAGCAGAAUCUGUACUACAGCAGUAAGACAGAAAAGGGCUGGGUACGUGUAAUCUGCGAGAACAAUCGAGUGGACAAGGAGACAUUUGCGCUGUUACCAGUUCAUCCAAAUGAGGUUCGCGACUUGGAUUUCGCUAACGAUGCGUGCCGAGCCUUACGAAAUUUCAUAAGGCAUAUUAAAAGCGGUGAUCCAGUCACUAAGGAGUCGAUCAACGUUACAAUUCAACUGCUUACUGAAUGCAUCUACUUCGUGACGAAUACCAAGAAUCACAUGAUGGAUCCGUUGCAAAUCAACGAUUUCACGCCGUCUAGAGAUCGCCAAAAAUUGCUUCGAGAGCAGGAAGUACUUGAUCAGGUGGGUUUUCAGACUAAAGAAUCUUGGGUUUUCAUCGUACGGUCAUACCGAGCUGGG